AUGGCGAACGCGCAGAAGGUUGCCAAUAUUUUCGAACUUGCCUCCUUAGCGUUCGGAAAGCUAGCCGAACUCACGCUUGAUUUGAAGAUUUACCAAGCCCAGGCGGAGCAGGCACAGUCAACUAACAGCCGAUGGACCAUUGCCGAAGUUGAGCAAUUGAAGGAUGCCAUCUCGCGUUUUGGCGCUGAUUUAUCUAAAAUUGCCGAGGUUCUGGACACUAAAACUGUGACACAAAUAAAACACAAAAUAAGGAACAAAGCGUUCAUGGUACUGCUGUAUUAAUGACUCCCUAUGCACUGUCGUCAGGAGGCUGGUCUGGACGAGCCGCCGGAGGAUGAACUUGAUGAUCUCUCCCAGAUCCCACGCACAUCCACUGUUGCUGUAUUUUGAACUUCUUCAUUAUCUUUUCCUUAUUCAGAGCGACAAAGGUAGAAGAAAGCAGACCUUCUCGGAGAGGAAUGAAGAGUCUGAACCCUUGGGCAAGGUAGGUUGACGCAUGAGUUUGCUAAUGGUUUUAUUCAUAACCGUUUCGCAUAACAUCCCUUAAUCGGUAUGCAUUUUCUGUAAGGAUUGAGUCGCGGAUUUUUUACCCUUUAUACAGCAGUGGACUGUUGGGCUCCAUUCAUGUUCAGUCAGCUUUUCAGUGACUUACCUAACUGGGUAUUCUGGCAAACCGCCUGCCUUUGGCAAAUAGGUAUUUUGAGCCUGUGUGCAUUUCUGUAGGCUGCCGAAUGGGAAUUGUACUUCUAGACAUCCUCUUCGGUUGGGCCAGCUAGCGGAAAUUCUGUAUUCUCGCCACAAAGUCUUACUAUUUACAAACAUUAGCUAAAAGCGGUUGAUCUCAGUGCCGUUAUUAAAUUAUCUCCGUAUGUUUUUCCAUAGUACUUCAUAUGCCCCCUCAAGCAGGUCCCAUUCACUUCAUAACCUAAGAAGUGGAUAAGUGAGGUUGAACUGCCGUAGUGAAUCGUAGUUGGAGGUCUUGAGUUCGUUUUUAAGACACGAUGGUCCGUUCUGGGUUGGGAUACCACUGACGGGGUUUGGAUUCACUGUUUAAAUGUGAGGUAUGAAUAUCACUGGUGUCGGAUAGUUUUUAGGACCACGGAAUCUAUUCCUGCCGAGUGGCGUUCGGUUUUAUCCGAGGAGGUAGGUACCUGACCACAAAUCUAUAACCUGCCUUAGGGUCCUUCCCAGGGCCCUGAAAAUCCAAGCGACCGCGCGAUGUCACACAGUGAGGACAGCGCCAGACUAAUUUUAUGACUAGUCGACUAUUGUAUGGUUGACUUUGGUACGCCUGGUGCCUUAUUUUGUUUCCAAUGGAAUGCUGAAAUUUAACUCCGGAUUAUCUGAUUAAUGCGUCUGUCUGGUUCAGAAAUCAUUUUCGAGUGUUCUUUUUUGGUUCUAGAAACGAAGAAUUGAGGGUAUGUCUCCGCCGUCAACACUGAUCCCUCCACAACCCGGCACACAGGCUCCUGGACUGUUGACGGCGAAGCACGCCCAACAGAUGCCCCUUCGCAUGCCCGGUCAACCGAGAUCUGCUUCAACUUUGGGCGGUGCGCUCUCAGACUACGACUACAUGCAGGGCAUGCCGCACAGUCAGCGUCCGGAACGAGCUGCAGGGAUUCCACCCCGAAAGCUCACUAUGGAACAAGGAGCGAAGUAUGAGGAAUAUUCCGAUGUGAGUCUCGCUCGUGUUAAGUGCAUACAUGCCAUAAUGAGAAGGUUCAAGAGUUGCUUCAUAAAUUCCUCUGUAAUCCGGACCGCACUCGCAGCCUCCCUUCGCGUCUAAUGACUUAAACCGACUUAGCCCUUGUGUUUUCCUUCCACAGAGUGGUAGUGAACGGUAUGAGGAGCCGGAUGAUGAUGAUGACGACGAUGAUGAAGAUUCGGAUGAGGAACGGUACUACUCCGAGGAUGAGGGUGCCAGAUGA